UAUAAAUACAUUUAGUCCUGUUUAGACUGUCUGCAGCAGCUCCGUCUGGAAGGUCACACCAUGGCAGCAGCAAAGAAAGUCUGUAUUGUGGGCUCUGGAAACUGGGGCUCUGCCAUUGCCAAGAUUGUCGGCGUCAAUGCAGCCAGGCAUGACCAGUUUGACACAACAGUGAACAUGUGGGUGUUUGAGGAGAUGGUGAAUGAUCGAAAACUCACAGAGAUCAUCAACACGGACCACGAAAAUGUGAAAUAUCUGCCCGGACACAAGUUACCACCUAAUGUGUUGGCCAUUCCAGACUUGGUACAGGCAGCCGAAGGAGCCGACAUCCUUAUCUUCGUGGUUCCUCACCAGUUCAUCAUCAGAGUGUGUGACACCAUCAAAGAUCAUGUCAAGAAGGACGCCAUAGGAAUAUCUCUCAUCAAGGGUAUCGAUGUGGGUCCAGCGGGUUUGAAGCUCAUCUCACAGGUCAUCCGAGAGAAGCUUGGGAUCACCAUGACAGUCCUGAUGGGAGCAAACAUCGCCAAUGAAGUUGCUGAGGAGAAAUUCUGUGAAACAACCAUUGGAUGCAAAGAUAAAGUUCACGCUUCCAUUUUGAAGGACCUUAUGCAGACCGAAAAUUUUCGUGUGACUGUGGUGGAAGAGUUGGAUGUAGUGGAGAUCUGCGGGGCACUGAAGAACAUUGUAGCAGUGGGAGCAGGUUUCUGUGAUGGCCUGGGAUUCGGCGACAACACCAAAGCAGCGGUGAUCCGUCUUGGCCUGAUGGAGAUGAUUGCCUUUGCCAGGGUCUUUUGCACAGAUUGUCCUGUCUCCCCUGUAACUUUCCUGGAGAGCUGCGGAAUAGCUGACCUCAUCACAACCUGCUAUGGUGGACGCAACCGCAAAAUCGGGGAAGCCUUCGCGAAAACGGGCAAAACCAUUGAGGAGCUGGAGAAAGAGAUGCUCGGCGGUCAGAAGCUACAAGGUCCAGCGACUGCGACUGAGGUCCAUCAUGUCUUGAAGCAGAAAAACAUGGUGGAAAAGUUUCCUCUUUUCACCGCCGUGUACCAAAUCUGCUUCAAUGGCCACCCGGUCUCAGAGUUCAUCAGCUGUUUGCAGAAUCACCCUGAGCACAUGUGAAGGACCGACUCCCUGCCAGAUCAAUGCCUGAAAGGCAGUUGUGGAGCUGCCUGUGGCUCAAUGUGUAACACAGUCAAUUAGGCAGACGACUGUUCCUGAAAUCCUCAAAUGUUUACAUGCCGAACUGGGAAAAGUGGAUCGCCACCUCUAACAUAAGAUCUCUC